AUGCCACAGCUGUCCAGCGCCCUGAGCGAGAUCGAUGACAGCAAGCAGAUGUUCCAGGAGCUGAUUCGCUCCAUCCAGAGGACCCAGACUGAGCUGGUGCUGGCCAUCAAGGAGAAGCAGAGCGAGACAGAGAGGUGGUCCCAGGGCCUCAUAGGGGAUCUGGAGCAGGAGAUCACUGAGCUACAGAGGAGGAAUAAAGACCUGGAACACCUCUCAUGCACAGAAGACCACAUCCACUUCCUACAGAGUUUCCCAGCCCUGUGCAGCCCUCCAGACACUAAGGACUGGUCUGGGACCAGGGUUCACUCUGAAGUGUGUGUUGGGAUCAUCAGAAGAGCAGUGUCAGAACUGGAAGAAACACUGGCUAAAGAAAUUGAGAAACUGGUGGACACUGAGCUGAAGAGAAUUCCAAAAUACUCAGUCGACCUGACACUUGACCCGGACACAGCCAACCCGUGGCUCCAGCUCUCAGAGGACGGUCAACAGGUACGACACCUCGGGGCGUGGCAGGACCUUCUGGACGUCCCAGAGCGGCACUACUGGGAGGUUCAGGUGGGAGACAAAGAUGACUGGUACCUAGGCGUGGCCAAGGCGUCGGUCAACAGGAAGGGCCUGAUCGCCAUCAGCUCCUCCCAGGGCUACUGGGCGCUGGCCAUGAAGAAAGGUCUGGAGUAUAAGGCCUCCACGACACCGCCGUUACAGCUGACCCUUGACACCAAGCCGAAGAGGGUCGGGGUGUACGUGGACUGUGAGGAGGGCCAGGUGUCAUUUUACAAUGUGAGGGAGAGGAGUCAUAUCUAUACGUUCAUGGAGGACAGCUUUAAGGAAAAGUUGUUUCCCUUCUUUUAUUUGUAAUGUUGUGAUAAACAGUCGGAUACCAUGGUAAUCUGUCCGGCCAAUGAGAAGACUCAGAUCAAGCAAUGCUGAGAAAGACUGCAACUCUGUGUGCAGAAAAUACAUGUACAAAUGAUCUUGGUAGGGAAACCAUGUUCUAAUUACAGUGGGGCAAAAAAGUAUUUAGUCAGCCACCAAUUGUGCAAGUUCUCCCACUUAAAAAGAGGCCUGUAAUUUUCAUCAUAGGUACACUUCAUGUA